AUGCAAGAGGUGCUUCGACUGAUUCGCUCUUCUCCGCAUUCCACGACGAAUCCAGUAAGGGACCACACAAAAUUGCUCCUAGAGUGCAUCUGUGAUGGUCUCGCCAAAAACAUCCGGGAGCUGGAAGAAGUGUCUAAACUGACACUCUCCAAACCACUGAGGAACGUUGAAGACGCGUUGUGUGAUUUGGCUGCAAAUCGCUUUGUUGAUGUACAGGAAACGGCUGAAGGUUCGCUAUUGACAGCCACACAACUAGGCAGAGCAGCACUGGUGUCUUCUCUCCCUCCGGAUGCCGCGUUGUUUGUGUUCGCUGAUCUUCAACAAGCAACCAAAGCAAUUGCUCUUGACACGGAGCUUCAUAUGCUGUAUUUGGUCACUCCAACUAAUUGUUCCCUAUGGCAGGGAUGUGAUUGGAACCAUCUGCACGGAAUUUUCUCAAAACUCUCUGUUGAAGAGAAACGAGUGGCUAAAUUGGUGGGCGCGAGUGAUCGCUUCAUUGUCUCACGCCUUCGAAGCUCAAGCAUUUCGACGUCUGAUCGAAGCUACCAGCUCCAUUUGCGCUUCUUCUCUGCGCUUGCUCUCUUCGAUGUGGUCAAUGAGAAAUCAAUUGACGAGGUUGCUCGUCGAUUCAGAAUCAGCCGUGGCACUCUCCAAACUCUUCAACAACAAAGUGCCACUUAUGCGGGUUUCGUUUAG